ACACCUCAGACCUUCACUUCAAGGCCAGCAAGGACCGUUAUGGGGGGCAACCUCUCUUCUUUGAGAAGUUCCCAGGGCUCUGGUCGGGAGCCCGGAGCACCCACGGGGUCACCAAAGGGAAAAUCUGCUUCGAGGCCAAGAACUUCGAGGCCGAGGAGGAGCUGGUGGAACUUUCUUUCUCCAAGAACGGGGAGGAGCUGGGGGCAGCCUUCAGGAUCCCCAGGGCUUCCCUGGCCCAACGGGCCCUCCUGCCCCACGUGCUGUGCAGGGGCUGCGUGGUGGAGCUGAACUUUGGGCAGAACCCUCAGCCCUUCUUCCCAAUCCCUCAGGAUUUCCUCUUCAUCCACAACGUUCCCGUCGAGGAUCGAGUCCGAACUCCCCUCCCUCCCAAAUCCACAGAGGAAUGUGAGGUUCUGUUGAUGGUCGGGCUGCCGGGAUCUGGGAAAACUCAAUGGGCACAAAAACACACCCAGGAAAACAGGGAGAAAAGGUUUAAUAUCCUGGGAACAGAAACUGUUCUGCACCAGCUGAGGCCGAGGGGCCCGGAGGUGGAGGAGCUGGACGCCCAGAGCCGGGACCUGCUGCUCCAGCAGGCAGCCCAGGNNNAAAAAAAAAAACCCCAACCCCCUCAACUUCCUCAACUUCCCCUUCCACUUCCUCAGUGCAACGUCUACAACUCGGGCCAACGCCGGAAACUUUUGGCCUUCAAAGGCUUUUCCCGCAAAGUCGUCGUCAUCGUUCCCACUGAAGAGGACUGGAAAAAAAGGCUGGAACUCCGUAAAGAAGCAGAAGGAGAAGAUGUUCCCGAGUCUGUCAUGUUGGAAAUGAAAGCCAAUUAUUCCCUCCCGGAAAAGAACGAUUACCUGGAUGAGGUGAUUUAUGGAGAGUUGGGAAAGGAAGAAGCUCAACCCUUGGUCACCAAGUACAAGGAAGAAGCCCGGAAGCUCCUCCCCCCCUCGGAGAAAC